AUGCCAACGAGAACAAGUGUGACGGCAUUGGCCGCGGCCCUCUUGUUGACCGCUUGCUCGGUGGUGCCUACUAGUGAAGCCAUUUGGAUGAAAUUACCCUCCUCCGACACCAAGUGCGUCUCUGAAGAAAUCCAGAACAACGUCGUUUUUUUGGGCGAUUACGGCGUUAUCUCCCAUGAUCACAACCGCUACUCCACCAUCUCCGUCAAGCAUUGUCUGCUGAAACGUAAACAGAUUCCGGUACAUCAAGCGGCCAACGCUCACUGCACUGGGAGAAUGCAACAGAUGGUCAGUUUGCCUUCACAAACUCAAGAGUCUGGCACCUACCUGGCUUGUUUUUCAGUUGAUGGUAACAAACAUGAAGAUAGUUCAGUAAGUCUCGACCUUGACCGGAAAAUUGGAGUUGCAGCUCAGGAUUGGGAUUCAGUAGCAAGAAAAGAUCGAGAAGAUUGA